UCACAGUUUUACAUAUAAAAUGUCAAUGAAAAAAACACCAAAUUAAUCUUCAGGUAUACAUAAAUUCAUAUAAUUUAUUUUUUUAAUAGGUCCUAAGUUUAUAAAAGAUGUUACACAUAAGUCUAGAUCAGAACAUAAUUAAUCUUUUGAUGCAUCUUAUAGCAAGAAUUAUGCUCCUACUUUUAGCAAUUAAAGCAGACUCAAAAGCUAUAGUCAAUAAGCUAAUUUCUUAGAUGAUUUAGAAGAAGAAUAAUAUCCAAAUUAAAUUAAUGUUGCAAUUCAAAAAAAACCUUUUGAAUUAGCAUUGUAGAAUGAACUAUAAAAAAUGCUAUCCAAAAUUAUUGCAGGAUAAUAAUUAUCAAUUGAUGAUUGCUAAUCUAUUAUUAGAGCUAUUGAUGAAUGCAUUUAAGAGAGUUUAUAAACUUUGAGAUUAAAAGAUGCAGAAGUAUAACUAUUUUACAUUAUAACAGAUUUAAAAUAUUAAAUAGACAUAUGAAAUCAAAAUUCAUCAAUAAGAAAAUACUAUUUUAGCCUUAGAAAAUGAAGUAUAAGAACUUAAACAUAUGAUUACAUUAAAUCCAAAUGAUUCUAUUAAUUUCAAAUUGUAAUAAUUAGAACAAGAAAAUGAAAUGCUUAAAUUAUAAAAUUAGUAAGCUAUAAAAUUAGCUGUGCAAGGAAGAACUAAAAAAUAAGAAAAAGAACUUUAUGAUGCCAUAAAUAGUAGCAAAUCAAAACCAAAGGCCUAAGUUAAUAAUUAUUCAAUUUUGUUAAACUAGCAAUAUAAUAAAAUUUAUUAACAAGAUAAGAAGAUUAAAUCAUAGUUAUUUUGA